AGCGGUGUGGAGCCCAAAACUGUACCUCUGCUUUGCUGGCUUCAAGCUCUUCAUUGUUGGUGUUUUAUGGGUCUUGUCUGCUAAGAAUUAGAGAGAGAAAAAGAGAAAGAAGAGAAAGUUUCAAGCUUUGGGAGCUAAUCUCAAUUUCCUGCUUUCCAAACUUCUUUCAUUCCAUUCAUCUUCAUCAUCUUCUAACCCCACUAGUUUAGAGCAAGGAAAGCAGUCAUCUUGAUUUCAUUGAUCCACAGAUCUACCAAGUCAAUUGAUACCCACAUGAAGUUUUUUCUCUUUUUUGUUCCCAGAUCCUCUUCUUCUUCAAGUUGUAACACAGAAUUAGUCAAACUAUAAGGUUUACUCCUUUAAGUGUGAAACAUUGGACCUUCAGGAUGUCCUAAUGGCUUGCCAAAUGCUUUGUGUCUGAAAAAGUGUAUAGUUCUUCAGGAAUCAAGGAAGCAACAGUUCACAAAUUGGGGUUUCAAGUCAAAAUUGUUUUGAAUGCUUAUUAGAUGUUGAGCUCCCGGAGGGUUGUUUGAAUGAGAUGAGGGAUGUUAUCUGGGUUGAUGAACUUUUUGAGGGCCUGUUUUCGGCCAAGGCCCAACCGAUAUGUUCACACCAGCUCAGAUGCUGUAGGACGCCAGGAUGGACUCUUAUGGUACAAAGACACAGGCCAACACUUCAAUGGUGAAUUCUCGAUGGCUGUGGUUCAGGCCAACAAUUUACUUGAGGACCAGAGCCAGAUUGAGUCAGGUUGUUUAAGUUUACACGAAUCAGGUCCAUAUGGUACUUUUGUUGGCGUAUACGAUGGGCAUGGUGGACCAGAGACUUCUCGCUACAUCAAUGAUCACCUCUUUCAACAUCUCAAGAGGUUUACUUCAGAGCAGCAGGGAAUGUCAGUUGACGUAAUAAGGAAAGCAUAUCAAGCAACAGAAGAGGGUUUUUCCUCCCUUGUCACUAGACAGUGGCCCAUGAAACCACAAAUUGCAGCUGUUGGAUCAUGCUGCUUGGUUGGUGUUAUCUGUGGCGGAAACCUUUAUGUUGCCAACCUUGGUGAUUCUCGUGCUGUUUUGGGAAGAGUUAUGAAGGCAACAGGGGAGGUUCUGGCCAUUCAGCUCUCAGCUGAGCAUAAUGCAUGUAUUGAGUCUGUAAGACAGGAGCUGCAGUCAAUGCAUCCAGAUGACUCACAAAUUGUAGUUUUAAAACAUAAUGUAUGGAGAGUAAAGGGUCUCAUACAGGUGUCUAGAUCUAUAGGUGAUGUCUAUUUGAAGAAAGCUGAGUUCAAUCGGGAGCCUUUAUAUGCCAAGUUUCGGCUCCGUGAGCCUUUCAGAAGGCCCAUAUUGAGCUCAGAACCGACAAUAUCAGUGAACCAGCUGGAGCCACAUGAUCAGUUCAUCAUAUUUGCAUCUGAUGGGCUUUGGGAGCACCUAAGUAAUCAGGAUGCUGUUGAUAUAGUUCAAAAUCAUCCACGAAGUGGAAGUGCAAGGAGGCUAGUAAAAGCUGCACUACAAGAAGCAGCAAAGAAAAGAGAGAUGAGGUAUUCUGACUUGAAGAAGAUUGACCGUGGCGUUCGCCGACAUUUCCACGAUGAUAUCACAGUAGUUGUGGUGUUUCUUGACUCAAACCUCGUGAGUAGGGCUAGCUCAGUCAAGUCCCCAAGUCUAUCCAUUAGGGGAGGUGGAGUUAACUUGCCCCAUAAUACACUAGCUCCAUGCACCACACCAACAGAAGCCGUCAAUGCCUGAAGAAGCUGUAUCCCAUGUUGUUUUUGUUGUUCUAUUCCCUUAUCAAUGUGAAUACGCUGUAGCUUUCAAAAGCGAUAAAGAGAGGCAAGCCUUUGAUUCUUUAGUACACUGUAACUUAGCUGGGGACUGAUAAUCGCGUUUAGAGAAGAGUAUAAGGUGACAAUUAUUAUAGUUAUUUCACUUUUCAUCCUUUCCAAUACAGCGGGGCCUUUGUGUCAUUGCCUCUUUGUCUUUCUUAG